CUUAGCUUUCUUUUACAUUUUAAGAAAUGAAUCUAUCAAUUAAUGGUCAGUCUCAGGUCCCUCCUGGUUUUAGAUUUCAUCCCACAGAAGAAGAGCUUCUCCACUAUUACCUCAGGAAGAAAGUUGCUUAUGAAAAGAUUGACCUCGAUGUUAUUCGGGAAGUUGAUCUUAACAAGCUUGAACCAUGGGAUAUUCAAGAGAAGUGUAAAAUAGGAUCCACCCCACAAAAUGAUUGGUACUUCUUCAGCCACAAGGAUAAGAAAUACCCGACGGGGACCAGAACGAAUCGCGCGACAGCUGCCGGAUUCUGGAAAGCUACCGGGCGUGACAAGAUCAUCUAUGGAAGCUUUAGGAGAAUCGGGUUGAGGAAGACGUUGGUGUUUUAUAAAGGAAGAGCUCCACAUGGUCAGAAAUCAGAUUGGAUUAUGCAUGAGUACCGGCUUGACGAUAACAGCAACACCCUUGAUCAGUUUAAUGCUUCCAAUUCUAUUGGAGACUCGAUGCCUGAAGAAGGGUGGGUGGUUUGUCGUGUAUUUAGAAAGAAGAACUAUCAGAAAACCCUAGAGUGUCCUAAAAGCUCUUCGUCCACUUCCCUCGACUCUAAGAUGCAGAUGCUUUGCUCAGGCAACGAUAGGGCUCUAGAUCAGAUUUUUAUGUACGAGGGAAAGAAGUGCAAGAUGGAGAACGAUUCAUCCAACACCAUAAAUACCACCAAUAACAUCAGCAUCAACAACAAUCAUCUAAACAUGUUUGCUGCAAACAACAAUGGAUUGCAUGACAGUUUCAUGCAUCUACCAAGGCUGGAUAGCCCAACUCUCCCUUCCCUUCCCUUUGUUCAAAAUCGAGGUUUCCAAUCCUUGGAUGACAUGCUAACGGAAGCCGAACCGUCUUCGGUCAACCGAGCCGGCGGUUGUGGCAGCAGCGGCGGUGGUGUUUCACCAGUGGAGAAAAAUAAUGAGGCUAUAAAUGGCGUUAAUGACUGGGCCACCCUGGAACGACUUGUGGCAUCCCAGCUAAAUGGUCAAGUGGAGACAAGCAAGCAACUAACAUGCUUUAGUGACCCUAAUGCGGUUUUCAGUCUUUGUCAAGAUGAUGAUAUUCAAUUAUCGCACAUAAAUUUGCACAGAUCAAAUCAAAACUCACAGGUCUACAACAACGAGAAUGAUCUAUGGAGCUUGACCAAGUCAUAGUCAUCGUACCCGUCGUCAUCAGAUCCCUUGUGCCAUCUGUCAGUAUAAUAUAAGUAUACAUGUCCCAGUAUUCUUGGUUAGGUAUAUACACGUCAACAUAUCUAUACGGUAUUGUACUAUACAUACGUGUUUGCAUGAAUAAGGUUGAAAUACAUACUUUACUUAAUA